CCAAGAAGAUCUUUGAAGAUUCCGCGCCUGAGAGAGGAGGAGCGAGAAGAAUAUUCCCUCAGUGAUGAAACUGGAGAUGGGAAAGCAAACGGUAACCGUCCCCGAGGAGGCCGAGACGGAGGAGGUGAUGGUGACGGCAGCGGAGCCCCGGGCGCCCUCCUACUCGUCGUCCUGCAAAGUCGACGGCGAGGCAGCGGCGGCCGCCGCGGCCGAAGUGGCGAUGGCGAGGGAAGGAGGGGAGGAGCUGGUCGUUCCGCCGCUGAAUUUCGCGAUGGUGGACCACGGGGUCUUCCGCUCGGGGUUUCCCGACACCGCCAAUUUCAGCUUCUUGGAGACCCUCGAACUCCGCUCCAUUCUAUGUCUUUGCCCGGAGCCCUACCCGGAGGCCAACACGGAGUUUCUCCGGUCGCAUGGGAUCAUGCUCUUCCAGUUUGGAAUCGACGGGCGUAAGGAACCUUUUGUCAACAUUCCAGAAGAUACAAUUCGUGAGGCUCUCAAAGUUGUCCUUGAUAUCCGAAAUCACCCAUUGCUUAUUCAUUGCAAACGAGGAAAGCAUCGAACUGGUUGUGUGGUAGGAUGCUUGAGAAAACUGCAGCGAUGGUGCCUCUCUUCAAUAUUUGAUGAGUACCAGCGGUUCGCUGCUGCCAAAACCAGGGUUUCUGAUCAGAGAUUUAUGGAGUUAUUUGACAUCUCAAGCUUAAAACAUCUGUCACCUUCAUUUUCAUGUUCGAAGAGCUCAUAGGGAGGCCAACUUUUCUUCAUCUAAAGAUAUUUUUAGUUCGCUCUCUAGUAUGAUAAAGGAUUAUCGUAUUCCAUUGGCAUUAGUAAUCAGCUAGAAAAGAAUCUUUUUCUUUGCAA